AUGGCUGAUGUCAUUUUAACCAUAGGCGCAGUGGAACAACGUCAAAAGUACUACGGACAUGAGUUGAUUCUAAGCACGGCUUCAGAGUAUCUCGGGCAGCUAUGUCGCAAUUGCAAAGAAAGGGCAAUAGACGGCAGAAAGGUCAUAUACCUUCCACAGCUUAACCCGGAGGCUAUGGAAAUAAUUUUGCGUUGGAUAUACGGUGACCGGCGUCCUUUCAGCGGCGUUGAUUGCCCCCUAUUAGUCAGUCACAUUGUUUUCGCUGCAUCUAAUCUUGGUCUUGAAGCUUUGGGAAGGCCUGCGCUUGAUUACCUCGGAGAUUUGGUCGAUAAAACAACCGAUAAUGAAAAAAGUGGCGUUGCAGUUACCGGAAACGAGAGGACCACCAAUGCAAGUGCUUUCACCGAACCUCUAGAUUAUUGGAAGCUCAUUAGGGACAUUUGCAACUGGGCAUACGGAUGGGAUACUGAUGAACUUUUAUCCGUCAUGGGUGAUCUUACCACGACUUCUCCAUCACCGCCGAAGUGGCUGGCCGAUAUGUCAACUGAAUUGAAUCCUACACUACUUGCGAUGCUUCUACUGGGAAGAGAGCAAAGACUACGGAAUUUAUCUUCUUGCGAUGAUUGUCAACCACUACCAAUGAAAGGAUUGGACCUAUCGGAUGAUCGUUACUCUGAGUGCGUAGGCUGUGAAGUAAUCGAACCGGAACUAUGCGAACGGAAGUUGUUAAACUGGAUACGGUUACUCUUAAAUGCCACCAUCAGAGAGUUUCAAUUGUUGAUUUAG